AUGUAUAACGAUGUUUUUCUCGAGUUAUCCAAAUGCCUGCGGUAUUUUUGCCAUUCAUUAACGAUUGACCUACUCAUCCUGUACGAAGAUUUGGAGCAGGAAAUAAUCUCCACGGACUUCACUAUCAAGGGGUUGAUGCCUGGAUUUCUCGCCCCAUUGCGGGUAAGCGUCACUAGUCGACAACGUCUUGUAAUAUUCACAAGCAAGGGUCUGUACCGCUAUUUUUGACCGCUAUAAAUGUCAAAAGAGGUUUCUCGUCUCCAGCCACGAGAAAAGAGCUGAAAUAAUGUAAUAAUUUUUAGUACACCUCUAGACUGUAACGAGAAUUUUUUUCCUGUUGCUUUCGGCACACUAGGCAAAGUCAUUUUCCAGAAAUUUUGUUUCCCCAGUCUGUAACCGCAAUUCAAAACCAGCUGUAUCGACCAUUUUAAAUGAAUAACGCACCUCUUUAUAGCUCAUAAAAUACAUUGGACCAAAGGAUUACCGUCUCUCCAUGACCAUUGUGAAUAACGACAAAUCGUUGAGAGGUCAAAACCCCGGGCGGAUUAAUUUGGAGUUCCAUCCGAGUAGCGUAAGAAAUCAGCAAAUUUUUGUGUUAGGAUCCCUGACAAGAUUCUAUGUAAGUAAAUUGAAAACACAAUUUUUUUUACGGCGCGAGUACUAAGUAUAUUAAACAGUACGCGAUUGACGUCUUGGUCACCUCCAUGUUUUACGAGAAGAAGACCGAUCGAUUAUAUUUUACGAAGGCCACGGACAAAGGCAACGUGUGUGUUUACUACGUCCAGCCCGGACAAGAUGUGACAACAGUCAUUGAAACACCCAUACCAUGGCUUGGAAACGAUCUCAAGCUGACUGUAGAUGAACAAUUUAUAUUUGUUCUCUCGUCAUUUGAAGUGCCAUAUGGUAUGUCAUGCAUAAAGAUUGUGCAUGUUGAUGUCAAGGAAAACAAACGGAUGUCUUACCGUAUUCGCAAUACGUCUUCGGUAUACCAAUCAGCACAACUAGGAAAUCAACUCCUUCUUCCAGAUAAGUACUGUGCAAGGCUUUUCGAAGCAAAUGAAAAAAUCACUGUAGAUGUAUGGCCGCCUUUUCUCAGGCUCAACCGGAAUAUCUUUGUCUUCAAAGACGAGUACUUGAGGGUGAGAAGAAAGAUUAUUGAAUUUCGGUCAAAUCGGUUUCCUUCUUGCUUUUUCCAAAGCAGGAUUAUGCGUAACUUUUGUGUUUAAAACGCCCGACUCUUACAGGGGAAGUGCCCAAUGUUCGGCGCUUAGCUCUUAUGAAUUAGCUUGUUUCAGAAGAAUUGGUUUCGCAAAUAACGAAUUCUAUCGCAAGAAUUGCUUUCUUUCGCAGGAAUUGACGAGUUUCGCAGAAAAUCCGACUGAAGCCAUGAAUUCCUAAAAUCAGUGCUGACUCAUUAAAAAUGCACUGGUUUUUCAAAUCGCUGCACGCCCAUUUUUGCGCUGAAAUUCGUCUCAUCGGCCAAAAUAAAAGCCGAGAGCUUCUAUGACCAUCUGAAAAUUUUCAUGCCAAAAUUCGCAAAAAAAACUCAUUUUUUCCCAACUUUUGAACUAAAAAUCAGAGUCGUUUCUUCCGAACGCAAACUAGAAGUCUCGCGUAUAUGGGAGGUGAUUUAUAAAUUUUGUUUCUCAGUCCAACCAAAAGCGGCAAAUUCGGUUCACCGUGACUGAAUUUUGGUCUAAACUUUGGAAAACCUUGUCCAUCGUUACACUAAAUUCGGUGGACUAAAUUUGCCGCUUAUGACAGGAUUGAAAAACAAAAUUUAUAAAUAACCUUCCAUACAUGACCCAGAAAAAAAUAUUAUCUAGUUGUGCCCAGUUUCAUCAAAAUCUUAGCGUCGGCGUCGCGACAUUUGCAGGCAACCAUUUUGCGGGCAAAUUUUUUGCGAGCAACAACUUUGCGGGCAGCCGGGGACAUUUGGGGACAACAGGAUAAAAAAUUGCUGCGAUGAUGGGGGUUUUCUUUAGGAAAUCCGCUGACAUUUUCGGCGGAUUGAUUUCCAAAACUUCCUACAGGGUAGCGUGUUUCUUUAAGUGUCGGCUGCCCGCAAGCGCCGGUUUCCUGCAAGUGUCCCAGGCUGCUCGCAAAUGUGAUCCACAUUUAUGACCGCAAAGUGGUUGCCCGCAAGGGUACUUUCCCUUUUAGUGACCCUUCAAAUUUAGAGUAAUUUUUUCUUUUUUCGUUACAGUAAUUUUUAAGUUUCAGUUUGCAUAUUUUGAUAAGAGCCACAUUAUGCUCACCAAAUCGCAUGUCAGCGACAUCGACGCCUUAUUCUUCCGGUUUCGAAGAGAAAGUCACAACAUCUUUUCGAUAAAUUCUUACGAUUGGAAAACUAGAGAAACUUAUAUGUAUGAGGUUGUGGAUGGCCUUCUUCAUUCGAACCGAAUACGUUAUCUUCAAAAGAUUUCUUAA